CCAUACAAGAAUCACGCAAAAGCUCGGAAACGGGACCGCUGGCAAGUUAGGACCGUCAUCCAAUGUCCAUCCAAUGCAUUGAUUCAUUCAGGGGACCAAUCGCAUUGUACCUGUAUUCACGCCAAACUUGCAAUUAUAAGGUCAAUACGGACUCAAACCAUAUACAAGACUUCGGAUUGAUUCAAAACUAGGCCUUUACAGAUCCACAGCUCGAUACCAGUUUCUCAGAAGAUGUCACGAAACCUACCAAUGAUGUCUGACCUCAAAGUCAAACUCGUCCGUCCACUUAUCCCUCCUCAAAUUUUGCACGAAGAGAUACCUUUAACUCCUAAAGCAAGAGCAACCGUCCUGAGAGGACGCCGAGCCGUGAAAAGCAUAUUAGAUGGAGAGGACGACCGUUUGAUGGUAGUUGUAGGACCGUGCUCCAUCCACGACGUAGACUCAGCUUUAGAAUAUGCUUACAAGCUUCAAGCAUAUGCAGAAGAAGCUGCCGAGGACUUAUGUAUCGUUAUGAGGGUAUACUUCGAGAAACCUCGUACGACAGUGGGUUGGAAGGGCCUUAUCAAUGACCCUGACAUGGAUGGCAGCUUCCAAAUUAACAGGGGUCUAAGAAUCGCUAGAGAGCUUCUAGUAAAAAUAGCGGAAAUUGGUCUUCCUGCGGGAUGCGAAUUUUUGGACCUCAUCACGCCCCAGUACUCUUGUGAUCUUGUGUCCUGGGGAGCAAUUGGUGCUCGGACAACUGAGUCACAGAUCCAUCGCGAACUGACUUCAGGCUUGUCAAUGCCGACUGGAUUCAAGAACUCCACAGAUGGAAAUAUCGGUGUUGCAAUUGAUGCAUGCAAAUCAGCUCAAGCUGAACAUGUCUUCCUCAGUGUCGGUGUCAAUGGCCUAGGGAGUAUCGUCGAAACAGAGGGAAAUAAGGAUGUUCAUAUCAUCCUUCGUGGAGGUUCAAAUGGCCCUAAUUAUAGUGCUGACUUUGUGCAAAAGUACGGAGCACAGCUCGACAAGGCAGGGCUUACACCUCGCCUCCUGAUUGACUGCAGCCAUGGCAAUAGCUCGAAACAAUUCGAAAGGCAGUCAAUUGUUGCAGAUGAAAUUUCGAAGCAACUAUCCGAUGAAACAACCUCUGAUAUUUUGAUGGGAGUGAUGAUUGAGUCGAACUUAGUGGAGGGAAAACAAAGUAUCCCUCCAACAGGACGUGCCGGCCUUAGAUAUGGCCAGUCGGUGACAGAUGGGUGUAUCUCUUGGGAGACAACCGUCGAUGUCUUGGAAAACUUGAGACGGGGUGUCAGGGAGAGACGAUUGCUUCGCGGAGGAAACACGAAACAAAUUUCCUUCUCAUCCGCAAGUUCAGAUAGUGGAAUUGUCAUUUGAAUACUAUAGAGCUUACUUAUGUUCAGUAUCUUAGAGAUAUGUAGAUGGGACUCUAGACUAGUACCGAUUCAAGCAAAAUGGAAACCAUGUACUCUGCAAUUUGACUCGUGUGAGAUAUUAGGCUGGUGAACGACGCGAUGCGACGAUUCAAUCCAUAGUCGGUGCCGCUGUGGUGGCGUCAAUCCC